AAAUUAUUGUUGUUUUUCUUAUUUUCAUGCUUUAAUCAUCUUCUCCGUAUGAACGCGUACAUACUUUACUACCCAGUAGCUUCGCUUUAGCAAUGGCGAUACUGUAAAUUGGCGCAGUCAAUUGGAAUCUGAAACUUUCGGAAAUUUCUGGGUUUAGCUAAGACAACCACUUCCAAAACGACGAUUCUAAUGGAAUUUCUAAUCCAAAUUCCAAAACCCCCUUUUCACCUUCUGGUAAACUGUGGAAUUUUGUUGUGAUGGUAAUGGUAGCCCACACCUUCAAUCUCUCUCUCUCUCUCUUCUGUCGCUGUUCUCUCUCUCUAUAUUACGAGUUUGGUAGCUGCUUAAGUUUUUGAUAACACCGAAAAACCCUGAAACUUUUCCCUCCAAUUCUUCUUCUUCAUAAUUAAGCUGCCAUGAGCUACGAAUCCAGCUAUGUCGGAACGGGGAAAUUCGUCUGAAACUUUUGGGCAUAAUAUGGGUGAAGAAGGUUAUGGAUGGUCCCCGACUGGGGCUCCUCUUGACGUCCAGAGAGAGGACCACUGGAGGCACUUCGACAACUCCGUCGAUGCAGUCUCUUUUGGUUUUGUUGCCACUGCCAUUCUCGUCUCAAUGUUCUUGCUCAUGGCUAUCUUUGAAAGGUUUUUGCGACCCACUCCGACCGCUUUCUCUCACACCGGCCGUCGGACCCACCUUGACCCUGAGGCUCAGAUGGGGUUCGCUGGAAAGCUUGGCCACUCAUCACCCAAAAUGACUGUGUAUUCCUGUGGAGUUUCAGUGCUAAUGCCUGGAGAUCAUAUUCCUACAUAUAUUGCCCACCCGGCUCCCGUCCCGUGUCCCCCUGAACGCAUUCCAUGGCCACAACAUCAACACAAUGACAUAUCCCAUGCCACAACCAGUUCCCAUUUCACUGAAAACUCGAGUUCUUUAUGAAAUCGAACAUACCGAGGAUGCAAAAGAGUUCACUAGUUUUCGAUUGAUUCAAGCAAAACUGAGGCUGUUUUUCCCCCAUUUCCAGAGGUUCUUAUUCUGUAUAUACGCUCACAGCCCACCUUGCUUUACCUCAUCUCUCUGCAUUGCCUUCUUCAAGAUAGCAAGUUUCACAUUUUUAUGCCUUCCGCAAGGUUAAGCUUUUAUCUCUUUUUUGGCUCUGAAAAUCUGGCUUGACGCCUCUGCAAUCAUAUAUACAAAUUUCUCUUUGUGCAGGCGAACUUCACCUGUUGAGAUAUAUAUGAAAUGCAUGCUCGUUUCUUCUACAUA